GAACACUAAACAUCGUACCGGCACGCGAGUCGACCCCAUACAGCCUUCAUACGUCGACUACGACACAACUUGCAGCUUUUUGGAAAUACGUUUUCGAAAGCGCUGCAAGUAAAAUGUAAAUAUAUCACGCGAUUGGAAUUGAUUAAUAAAUUUUAUUGUGAUCCCGGCCAGUGAUUGAGUGUAAUCUUGUGCUGAGAUUUCCCGCCCAAGGAUGUCACGUCACGUACUGCUGUCGCGCCUAGCGGAACAGUUCCAGUCGACAUCUCCCCCGCCGGCCCAGCGCUUUUCAUCUCCCACGCGCAGUCCCUCUCCCCGCUCCCCCGUUUCCCCGCACUCUCCACCACACUCUCCAGACUCCAUAUCUCACCAACGACUUGAUCUUCUCCAACUGGGGGAUAUCGAAAUCGCAGGCAGAGCGCUCAAGCAAUACGCUAGAGCGACAGAGUUAGGAGCUCUGAUGUACUGUAGCGGGCUGGGCGCACUGUACGGCGGGGCCGGCGUGUGGCCGCUACUAAUGCCGCGGACCUCGCCGCAGUAUGCCCUGCCGCCGCUCGACCAUAUGAGACAUACGCCGCCUAGAGAUGAUGACGAGGAAGAGCUACCGCUUAAUCUAUCCAUGAAAAACCGUCAAAUUUGGUCACCGGGAAGCAAUUGCGAACGCGAAAAGGGAGAAAUAGGGGAGGAAUCACCGAGUUAUCGAUGGGAGAGUAGAGAAGAUAAUGAGACUCCGUUAGAGUUGGUGAAGAGGUGUCGCAGCAGCCCCGACGAGUCAGAGAGAGCGGCAAGCGCUGAACGCCGCUGCCCCUCUGCUCCCGUACCUGUAUUCCCGCCGCCCGCGCAAUCCGGGGACAUCAACUUCACUCUGCUACUCAAAAACGAGAAUAGAAGCGAAAAAUCAUUCCAGUGCAAGCAGUGCGGCAAAUGCUUUAAGCGCUCGAGCACGCUGUCAACUCACCUGCUGAUCCACUCGGACACGAGGCCCUACCCCUGCCAGUACUGCGGGAAGCGCUUCCACCAGAAAUCCGACAUGAAGAAGCACACAUAUAUACAUACAGGCGAGAAACCACACAAGUGCGUCGUGUGUUCAAAAGCGUUCAGCCAGAGUUCGAACCUGAUCACUCAUAUGCGCAAGCACACUGGCUACAAACCUUUUUCAUGUGGCCUCUGUGAUAAGGCGUUCCAGCGCAAAGUCGACCUUCGCCGCCACAGGGACUCCCAGCACGCGGACUCCGUUGAUCCACCGCAAGCACCGACCCGAUACAGAUACUACGAAGAUUCGCCUACUCCGCUUACCCCACUCAUCAGUAACUGAUUUUUUAAUUGUUUUAAAAUACGUGUUUUAAAUAACCGCGAGUUUUCACUGCCGAAGCAGCUGAACAGUAUGUGAUGACAAUGAUUUUGGCCAGGUGUUUCGGCAGAGGAAAUUCACGGUAAUGUUUACUAAUGCACUAGAAUAAUAUAUUGAAAGUAUAUUAAUAUAUUAAGUGAUUGAAGAAAUUUGAAU